AGCUAUUGAACAUAACCUCUUUACAAUCAUUUAAAACUUAAAAAAGGUACGGCACGGCAGAAUUUGAACGUUUUAAUUUAUGAAGAGUUGCAAUUAUAUGCUGUGAUAUUAGUUUAAAAUACAUAACUUACCAAUAUGACUAUAUUUAACGUACUUCGUGCAGCAAAUGUGUUUAAAAAUAGCAAUAAAACAUUGUCACAAAUCGAGGGAUAUUCAUCUUAUGUCAAAUAUGCUGAACACAAGCCAUUGGAGAAGAUCAGAAAUAUUGGUAUAUCAGCACAUAUUGAUUCGGGUAAAACAACACUGACAGAACGAAUAUUAUAUUAUACUGGACGAAUUGAUGCUAUGCAUGAGGUAAAAGGAAAAGAUAAUGUUGGAGCAGUCAUGGAUUCGAUGGAGCUUGAACGUCAGAGAGGCAUCACAAUACAGUCGGCUGCAACAUACACAAUAUGGAAGGAACACAAUAUCAAUAUAAUAGAUACACCCGGUCACGUGGACUUCACUGUAGAAGUGGAAAGAGCACUUAGAGUUUUAGAUGGUGCUAUUUUGGUUUUGUGUGCAGUAGGAGGUGUCCAGAGCCAGACGUUAACAGUCAACAGACAGAUGAAACGAUAUAAUGUGCCGUGCUUAGCUUUUAUCAAUAAACUUGACAGAUUAGCAGCAAAUCCUGAAAGAGUUCUAAAACAAAUGCGGUCCAAACUGAAUCACAAUGCUGCAUUUAUUCAUUUGCCCAUUGGCUUAGAAAAAGAAUGCCAAGGAAUAUUAGAUCUUAUUGAAGAGAGAGCAAUUUACUUUGAUGGAGAUUAUGGAGAGAAAGUGCGUUAUGAUGAAGUGCCACAAGAUAGAAGAACAGAAGUUAAAGAAAGAAGACAUGAGCUGAUUGAACACUUAUCAAAUGUUGAUGAGACUUUAGGUGAGCUAUUUUUAGAAGAAAAAGCACCAACUGUUAGUGACAUAAAACAGGCGACACGACGUUCAGUCUUAAAACGCGCCUUCACACCAGUACUUUUGGGAACUGCUUUAAAAAACAAAGGAGUACAGCCUCUGUUAGAUGCUGUAUUGGAUUACCUCCCCAACCCCGGUGAGGUGGAAAAUACCGCCAUUUUAAAUGAAAGAAAAGAAGGGAGCGGGGAAACUAUACUCCUGGAUCCAGCGAGAGAUGGCAAAAAACCUUUUGUUGGAUUAGCUUUCAAGUUGGAGGUCAGCAAGUUUGGACAGUUGACGUAUUUGAGAUGUUACCAAGGCGUCUUGAAGAGGGGCGAUACCAUAUUUAACGCUAGAACAGGGAAAAAGGUCAAAAUCUCUCGUUUGGUCAGAAUGCACUCAAACAACAUGGAGGAAGUGAACGAAGUGUACGCAGGCGAUAUAUUCGCAUUAUUCGGCGUCGAUUGUGCGUCCGGAGACACGUUCGUUAACGAUAACAAGCUUGAGCUAUCAUUGGAAUCUAUCCAUGUGCCUGAUCCGGUCGUUUCGAUGUCGAUCAAACCAAAAAAUAAUAAAGACAGAGACAACUUCUCCAAAGCAGUUGCUAGGUUUACCAAAGAAGAUCCAACAUUCCAAUUUCGCUACGAUCCAGAUAAUAAGGAGACCUUAGUGUCUGGAAUGGGGGAGUUGCAUUUAGAGAUUUACGCGCAGAGAAUGGAGAGAGAAUACAACUGUCCUGUCGAAUUAGGCAAACCGAAAGUUGCAUUCAGAGAGACACUAAUGUCGCAGUGCGCGUUCGACUACCUUCAUAAGAAACAAUCUGGUGGUGCUGGACAGUAUGCCCGGGUCACUGGCAUUAUGGAACCACUGCCGGCCCAUUUAAACACAUUGUUGGAAUUCUCCGACGAAACUGUCGGCACGAACAUACCAAAGCAGUUCGUUCCUGGUGUCGAGAGAGGUUUUCUCGACACAUGCCAGAAAGGAUAUCUGUCUGGUCACAAAAUAUCUGGCGUGAAAUUCCGGUUACAAGAUGGCGCCCACCAUAUUGUGGACUCGAGCGAACUCGCCUUCUUCUUGGCUGCUAAAGGGGCAGUUAAAGACGUUUUCGAGACGGGCGCUUGGCAAAUCCUCGAGCCAAUAAUGUUCGUGGAAGUAGUUCUACCUGAUGAGUUUCACGGUAAUAUAAUUGGACAGUUGAAUAAGCGCGGUGGCAUAGUAACUGGCACCGAAGGCGCGGAGGGAUGGACCACUAUAUACGCCGAAGUACCAUUGAAUAAUAUGUUUGGAUAUGCCGGUGAAUUGAGAUCCAUGACACAAGGCAAAGGUGAAUUCAGUAUGGAAUACAGCAGGUACUCACCAUGCUUACCGGAUGUGCAGGAGCAGCUGAUCCGAAAGUACCAGGAGGAGAUGGGCUUUUUACCAGAUCAAAAGAAGAAAAAGAAUUAAUAUUAGCAAACUUUUAGACUUAUUUAAUUUAUAAUCGCGUAUUUAAAUUUAAGAUUAAUUUUAUUGAUUGAAUUAUAAGCGUAUAAUUCAUUUGUUUAUAAA